CGUGGGAGUUGCAGUUCGGAGGUCCAUCCAGAGGUCAGAUUUGAAUGGUCCAAGUAUUCUGACAAAUGUGCCGAGAAUGCGUUGAAUUGAUUCCACUUCGACGAAUUUUGGCUUCGGGAAUGAAUUCGACCGUGCUGCUCUUCCUUCUGACUGCGUACAUUUUGGACAGCGUCGUUGGCCAGCAAGGACCGGUGUUCGUUCUCGAGCCGCCGAGCACCUUGGUCUUCUCGAACACCACCGGCUCCCAGCUAAGCUGCUCCGCCCAUGGGAGUCCGACGCCGCACGUCACCUGGAUAACCAGCCCGGAUCAGAGAUCGGUCACCGCCGUGCCUGGGCUUAGGCAAUUACUCGGGAAUGGGACCCUCUACUUCCCGCCGUUCCUCGCGCAAGAUUUUCGCGCUGAGGUACACAACGCGAGGUACAGAUGCCGCGCGACCAGCUCCGUGGGAACAGUGCUGUCUCGCGAGGUCACGCUCCGUGCUGUGCUGACGGUGCCCGGUUACGACGUCAGGGUGAACAGAUCACCGGUGGUAGAAGGCUGCAACGCGGUUUUAUCUUGCACCGCACGGGAAGACGUCAAAGAACACCUGACAGUCACUUCCUGGUUCCGCGACGAUGCCAUUCUUCUACCAGGCAGCACCGACACUGGUGGGAGGUUCGUAGUCACGUCGCAGGGCGAUCUUCAUAUCAGAGCUGCCAGACAAGAGGACGCGAAGGCCACCUACUCGUGCUUGACACUUCACACGUUGACCGGAGAAAGAAGAAGAAGCGAGCCUGCAACGCUGCCAGUGACAGAACCGAGCGGCUCCAUGCCACCGAGGCUAAUGCAAAGGUCCCAGAUCGCCAUUUCUGCGGAAAGCGGUUCGGACGUUCACCUCACUUGCUCUGCCCAAGGAAACCCGCCCCCGCAAUUUACCUGGUAUCGCGAUGUUAACGGGCAGUCGAUAUCGGUGGAAUCGUUUGGCCAACGUAUCCAACUUUGGGGCGAUUUGAUGCAAAUUCGUCGCGUGGACGCCCAGGACGCAGGAAGGUACAUUUGCCGAGCUAGCAAUCAGGUCGGCGAGCAACGGGCGGAAACACACCUGUCGGUCACGUCGAAACUUAACGCGCGGAUACAACCCCGUGUACAGACCAUCAAUUCCGGCGAGUCCGCCACUAUGAAUUGCACAGUGGAGGGUUAUCCGGUCGAGAGCGUCGAGUGGUUGCACGAUGGUGUGCCGGUAUUGACCACGCAGGACACGAGGAUCAGAUUGCUGGCUCCUCUGGUGCUCGUGAUAGGCUCGGUCGGCCGAAAGGACAAGGGGAUGUAUCAGUGCCUCGUCAGAAGCGACAAGGAGAACGCGCAGGCCACUGCGGAAUUGAAACUCGGAGACACUGUGCCGGAGCUGCAGUACACGUUCAUCGAGCAGGCGCUGCGCCCGGGGCCGCCGGUGUCCCUGCGAUGCUCCGCAACUGGAUCACCGCCGCCGUCGUUCACCUGGCUCCUCGACGGAGAACCGCUGAGCGAGAUCGCCGCCGGGCACAGGUACGCGAUAGGACAGUACGUCGAUCAGUCCGGCGACGUGAUCAGUCAUUUGAACAUAUCGUCGGCCGGCGCCGAAGAUGGCGGACUGUACGCGUGCGUCGCGUCCAAUACGCUGGCCACCGUCGAGCACAAAGCGAGGCUGAACAUCUACGGUCCACCGUAUAUACGGUCGAUAGGGUCUGUACGCGCGAUAGCCGGUGUCGAUACCACGAUCGCGUGCCCUUACUCCGGCUACCCUAUCACGUCUGUCGAAUGGUCGCGCGGCGGUGUCGAGCUGCUCCUUGACAUAAGGCACCGCGUUGACAGCGAGGGCCACCUUACCAUUGCCAACGUGGAUCCUAACGACGCAGGGACUUACACGUGCAUGGUGCGCGCACCGUCCGGGGAAACCGCGAGCAGGGACAUCAGACUAACAGUUAGCAGUCCUCCGGUCAUGAGUCCCUUCAAUUUCCCUCCGAACCUCCAGGAAGGCGGACGCGCUCAAGUCACCUGCAGCGUCACUUCCGGCGAUCUUCCGAUUGACUUUUCUUGGCUAAAGGAUGGCGAGAAGCUGCCAUCUUCCUUACGCAUCGAAGAAAGCGUAGCGGAAUUCUUCAGCGUCUUGGUGUUCAAGGAACUUUCGUCACGUCACAGUGGCAAAUACACCUGCGUCGCAACGAACAGCGCAGCCAGAGUGAACCACACCGCCGAACUUUUGGUGAAAGUGCCGCCGCAGUGGAUCUAUGAGCCGCAGGACGUAGCCACUUUACUUGGCAACCCGUUGAUCGUCAACUGCGAGGCGAAAGGUUUCCCGCCGCCACGGGUCACGUGGCUGCGUGCCAAGGGUCGAACCUCCAACGACUAUCAGCCGCUGCUGGACGGGUCCGACGGCAGACUGACCAUAUUGCCGAACGGAUCUCUGUGGACCGCCUCCGCCGGGCCGCAGGACGAGGGCCAUUAUCUCUGCCGCGCCAACAACGGGAUCGGAUCCGGCCUUAGCAAAGUGAUCUACGUGUCCGUUCACGAACCAGCGAGAUUCGAGUUCCAAAGCAAAAACGUGACGAUCCGGCGCGGCGAGUCGGUGACUCUGGACUGCACCGUGAUCGGCGACAACCCUAUCAAAGUGCAAUGGCUGCACAACAGCGACCGGCUGGACGCCAACAGCCAUCGGCUGAGCAUAAGGCAGAUUAAGACCGACACCGGGCUCAAGUCCCAAUUAUCUAUCGGCAGCAGCGACCGCCAGGACUCCGGCGUCUAUCGGUGCACCGCCGACAACGCUUACGGGAGGAGCGAGCACGUGAUUUAUCUGGCCGUUCAAGAGCGACCGGAUCCGCCCGCCUCGCUGGAGGUCAUAGAAAUCGGCUCGCGAUCGAUACGAUUGCUGUGGAAAAGAGCCUUUGACGGGAACAGCCCGAUACGGAAUUACGUUAUUCAGUAUCGUUCCCUGAAUCACGGUUUGACGGACGAUUGGAACCCGGCGAAAACGCACAAUGUCACAUACACGCCGGGCACCUCGGUCGCCGGGAAUGCGAUCCAUCCGACGCAGAACGGCCUGUCCCCGUUCGAGUCGUCCAGCGAGGACCAGGAAGUGGCUUUGGUGGGCGGGCUCCACCCCGCCGUGACUUACACGUUUCGCAUAUUCGCCAUAAAUUCGAUAGACGUGAGCGCGCCGACGGACGCCGUGGUGGCGAAGACCCAGGAGGAAGCGCCGACCGAACCUCCUCAAAAUAUCAAGGUGCAGUCCGCCGGGCCUGGAGAGCUGAUGGUUAGCUGGCAGCCGCCGCCGAAAGAGUCCAGCAACGGGGAUUUAUUAGGCUACAUAGUGAGGUGGUCGGAGCAUUCAUCUUCGACGUCGGGCGUGAACCAAAGCAAAAGUUUAACCGUGAACGGAUGGGCGACCACGAAGGUGCAACUCACCGGCCUCAGGAAGUUCACCAAGUACGAUAUAUCGAUCAGAGCUUUCAACAGCAUAGCCAGUGGCCCGGCCAGCGUCCCGAUUGUCGGGACAACGCAAGAAGGAGUGCCAGAGACUCCUCCCACGCACGUGGCCUGCAUCCCCCUGUCCUCCCAAAGCGUGAAGGUCUCCUGGAGCGCUCCUCCGCUUCAUCAACAUGGCGGGAUCAUUCAGGGCUACAAAGUGUACUACAGACCAGUGCUCACCGACAACAUGGACAUCUCCACGGUCGGCGAAGUGAAGAAAACCUCCAGCGUGGAAACUUAUCUGCACACCUUGUACAAGUACACGAAUUACUCGAUCAGAGUGUUGGCUUACACCGGCGCGGGAGACGGAGUUCUGAGCCCGCCGAUUUUCUGCACGACAGAGGAAGACGUACCCGGCCCACCGGCUAGCAUCAAAGCCUUAGCAUUAACGGCGGAGAGCAUAUUGGUCUCGUGGCUACCGCCGCUGCAGCCGAACGGGAACGUCUCCAAGUACACGGUUUACAGCAGAGAGGCCGGCUCCAGCAACCACAACACGCACACCAUGCACGAACCACCGUCGUCGCCCACCGAUACCCUAACUAUGGAGCUCAGGGGCUUGGUGGAAAGACAACUGUACGAGUUCUGGGUGUCUGCGACCACUGGACUAGGCGAGGGAGAGGCGACCACCAUAGUCACGCAAACUACGAACACCAGAGGUAUAUUUUCAGUCGUUGAAAAAGCUCCAGCCAGAGUGGCGUCGUUUUCGCAAUUGUUGAGAAGAGCGAUCAAAUCAUCGAUCACGUUAUCGUGUCUGGUUGUUGGGAACCCCACGCCGCGGCCAAUAUGGACGUUUCGCAAUGGCCAAGUCUCUACCGGCCGCCAUUAUGAAUUGACCGCCGACGGCCAUCUUAACAUACGCGGGUUAGAACAAUCGGUGGCGGGAAAUUACACGUGUUCAGCCAGCAAUCUGUUCGGCGACGAUUCUAUUACUUACACGGUGGUCGUGGUGAUGCCGCCUAGAGCACCCACGCUAGAGCUGCAGUAUACUACAACAAAUAGCAUAAGACUUCGAUGGAAUCAUCCUAAUAAUGGUGGCGCUACCAUUCAAGGGUACGUGUUAAGUUACAAAAGGGACCAAGGUGGCUGGGAGGAAAUCGCGUUGUCGCCGGAGCAGACGGAGUUCAUUUUAUCCGGGUUAAAAUGUGGUUCUUCCUAUCUGACCCACUUAACUGCGCACAAUCGCGUGGGCACCGGAGACCCGAGUCCCCUGAUAAGCGCGACGACCAAAGGAACCGCUCCUUUAGUGCCGAAGGAUCGCGACGUGAUCUCCGCUAACGGCACAUCCGUCAAGCUGAACCUGUUGUCCUGGCCCAACGGCGGCUGUCCCAUUCAAUACUACACGGUCGAAUACAGAAGACGAGUCAGCACAGAGCCGUGGAUCCUCGUGGCGAGCCGCGCCACGGAGAACCUGAUUAUACGCGACCUAAAAACCGCCUCGUGGUACAGCCUGCGCCUGACGGCCCACAACGACGCCGGAUCGACGCAAACGCAAAUGGAAUUCGCCACGACCACGCUGAGUGGCGUCAGCAUAGGUCCUCCGAACGAUCUGAUCAUGGAGGACGACGUGAAGAAGACUGUGCCGAAUCAAAGAGUCCUCUACGUCGUCGUGCCCCUAGUCUGCGCCAUUGUACUCGUCAUCUCCUCCGUCAUUUUGGGAUACGUGAUGUUGAAACGCAGCGGAAGGGCAAACUAUUUAGGCGAGAUCCUUCCCGGACAACAGCAGAAUCAACAGACAGGAUUGGGACUGGUUCAACAGCAGCAACAUCAACAACAUCAUCAUUUAUCCAGCUGCAUGUCCACCGUGCAGCUGAAGUCUACCGCGGAGCGUGAUAAUAGGAGGAAUCAUCAGGUUUACACCAGUUCGCCGGUGAAACAGGAGAACCAUAAGUCGAAUGACCAUGGGUCAGAAAUGUACGAGAUAAGCCCGUACGCCACGUUCAGCGUUCCCGGACGAGAAAAUCGGUCAGUGACGACGGCGACGCUCGAUUACACUAUGCAGUUCAAGACGUUCGGACAUUUGGAGAACGAAGACAUCAACACCAUCGACUAUGAGCGAUCCAGCGUGGAUUUCGAGAGGUCCAAAACCUCAAGGUGGCACAAGCAACGAUACUUCCCGAGCAUCGCGGAGGCCGAAAGCAAGCUGCGGUCCAGCCGGCAGGGCUCCGGCAGCGACACUUCCGGCAGUCCUUGCGGAGAGUGCGCAGGACCUAGUUACAGGGUGCCUGUGAAGCCCUGCAGAGAUGUGUUCUCACGAGGAGUGGAGUCGAGUACAGAGUCAAACAACGAAGGUUCACCCUCGCUUGCGAGACGACGAAGCCGACAGCCGAGCCGGUCCACUCGCAGUUCGGUGGAGGACAUGACGUUGUUGCCGCCAAGCGGGUUUAGCGACAGCCGCGAAUUGAGCGACGUAGAAUGCGACCGUGACCGUGACCGUGAUCGUAAUCGUGAUCGUGAUCGCGAAUGGCAAGGUCUGUCAGCCGGGACCCGCCACGGCGGCAGCUUGGGCAGACUGCCGAUCGAGGCCGUCGAAUCUAUGCUCGCUAGGUACCAGCAAAGGAAGGAGCAAGAGAGGCAAGAGUUCACUAUUCACGUAUGAUCGGGACUUAAAGAAUUCUAGCGGAAGGAUUCGGGAAACGUGAAUGGGAAAGACUGUCUGUAACUGGCCGAGCGGCUCGGAGCCACUGUCAAAAGUACUCGGUAUUAUUCGCAAGGGUUCGACCAGUGUAAAAAGCCGAUCAACAACGAUGACCGAUCACGCUGGAAGAAGCUUGGCAUGCUGAAACGACCGCGAAUUCGUUGGAAAAACAUUCGAGAGGGAAACGAAACGAAAUAAGUCUGCACCUAAUACUGCCGUUACGUCGGGCGCCGCCAUUUUGCGUUGCUCCGAGUACGACCAAUUUUACCGCGAAUGAAAGUAACUUACUUACGGCGGCCGCUCGUGAGGAAUUCCACGAUCUUUUGGGAUACUCCUAAACGGAAGAAAGAGGGCCGACCUGGACACUUCCAAAAAGAUCGGAACACCGACCUGACGCGUUAGGAAACAAGUCAAUUUAGCGACGAAUAAUGAAUUACACUCGAAUAUAAUCGUUCAUUGUAUAGCGUAGAUCCCGCGUAUCGUGUGUCGCGCCGUUAUUAAUCGCGAAACGACCGUUUGAAUUUCAUUGACGAACGUUCGGGUUUUCCAUUUCAUUCUCCUCCGCGCGAUCAAGAAUCGUAUCCAUUAACGGGGACACUUCGUUCCCGCGAAGUCUUCUCCCGCCAUUCGCGCCGAAGGCGCUGCUACCCGACAAAAUGGCCGACGAGACUUCUGCUCGAGACAGAGGGCCAAUUGUAUACAAUAUUCCUAUGAUUAUCGGCAUUAACAGGACGCGACUGUGCGUUUCGAUGUUCGUUUCGUUGGAUGUGACUGUUUGUUUCAUGUAUCGUUUGAAUUGUUUGCAUUGUUCGCGAUUUUAAUAUUUAUUUUCUAUUCUUAUUAUUCACUUCAUCGUUGUUGUUUUAUAUUACGAUUCAUACACGUAUUUCCAUGGUUUAACCAUUCCAGUGUAACGAUGAAGGUAAUAAUUUGGCAAUAAUAGAGUAGCCUUCGUUCUAACACGUGAUGCAAAUUGGUUAAUCGUUCAUUCAGCGCGUCGAUUCGCGCAGUUGCGAUCCGAAAUGAAGAAUCGUGUGAUCGGGACAGAUACUAGCUUCUAAGAUGUAUAUAUACCUACACAUGUAAGCGACGUAUUUAGAGGAUGGAUAAUUAAAUCGCUGUGCAAGCGACCUCGGUCAUCAAUUACCGCCAAAGAUACCUAACGUUAAGGGCCACGUCGUCCGCGCGAUGGCGGACCGUUUUGUAACAUAGCUAAUUAUAAAUAACGAAACGUGCAACCUUUCGCGGUCCUUGCAAUCGGAGCUUUUUUCUAAAAUUCGAUAACGAACUUUCGAAGCGUCGAUUCGUUUUUCCCGAUGUGCGGGCCAGCGAAAGGAGGAAUGUCGCUCUACGAUGGAAGAACUCGCGUCGAUCGGAUUUCAUUCCACGAUUGACGAUCUAGAAAAUAUCUAUUGAUUCUUCGUUACACAGACUGACAUGGGACUUCAAUGCGCCAGUAUCGUGUAAAGUUCUAGUCCCAGCGAAUCCCUCUUGAAACGAGAUAUCGAGGCUGAUCUCAUUCACUUUAUUAUAAGACUUAUUUUACUAUUAAUAACAUGUUCUCAUCGUUACCGCGCUAUCGAUUAUAAAUAUUCGUUUCAUUUCUCGAGUAAACCAUCGACAACAGUAGAACAGUUUUUCAAUUCGACGUGCAAUCAUUAAUAUUAAUUUCUGUUGAAUUAAUACAGAGUACACGGCGAUGCGUUAGCUAUAUCUACGGUUUCUCUAUCAAACCGAAUUCACGAUUCGCCGGGACUACUUCGGGGCUAUUGCCCCUUAAUUAUUGUAAUAACCGAAACGAACCACCGGUUUCAGUAUUCGAGAACGAGGGCAUACUUCGUCUAUCUUCUCGAGGAAAGAGAACGAAAGACUCGCUCAACGGCAAUUCCUCUUAAUGUUCCACUUUUCAUAUCGUACAGUUUUCCAUUUUUUAAUCGACUCCGCUGCGUAUUUUAGGAUUCGAAAUAAUACGCCCGUUCGUUGAACGAUGGGAAUCAUCCAUGACAACUUCACCGCGACGUGGCAAGACAUUGUGGAUGAUACCUGCGCCGAACUUGACUGUGAAUUCUAUACGGCUCGGAUUAGCGCGUCGCUUUCGCCUCGGAUUAACGAUAAAGGGUGUCCUCUGUAACUUUCGAUUGAUUUUCAGAGUGAAAGCUGUUGACUGUUCGACUCGAUGCCGCUGAUCCGAACCCUACCGUUUACACUAUCAUUUCAUGUUGACCAAACAGACUGCCAAAUCAGCUUCGUUUGAAACCCUCACGAAAGUGUGAUAUCACGUCUUCGAUCUCCGAAGUUCCUGUACCGUUAACAUUUACAGAGACGCGAGAAAGUUCUUCCAGCGUUACUUGAAUUUGUAAACAAUUUGAUCGUUUCCACUCUUUGCUCGCUAUUGCGAGACGACGUUACGAUUUACCAGUUGACGACGAGUCGAGGAUCCUCGAGCGUGCGGACAAAGGGUACAGAUUUUGGAAAUUCCGAGCAGAGUAUGCCCUCUCGCGAACCAACGGUUUGCGAAAUCUGUACAGAACGCGAUGGACAGCUUCCGGGAAUGUCGAAUCUAAAUGUUUAUUUAAUCCUGCUGCGUCCUUUGGGUCUAGUUGUGAUAUUUUCGAGCGAACAUGUUCGCACUUCUUUCUGGUAAUGUUAUUAAUUUUCAUUGUAAUCGUGUCAACGUCUGGCGAACAUUAACUGGAUUAACAAUUAACAAUCAGGUGACCAUGUUAAUUGAAGUUAUGGUUAACUUUACAAUUAUUUUAACUGUUAAUUGUUAACUGUAACUGCAAUCAUUUCGCCUGACACUGUUCACGAUUGACAAUUAAUUCUUGCGGAUUAAAUGCAAUUAGCAUUUAAAUGAUUUUAACGAUAAUCGCUACCGCGACUUGAAUCUAGGAAUGUUGCAAGAUACUUGUUGCUAGUCAACGUGUUCUUACACUGUUUUAAUUCUAUAAAUCGAGGAGCGCAGCAGAGUUAAGAACGCGUACAACGAUCGUGCUCGAUUUCUAGUCAGUCCUCCGGUCACGAUCGAGAUACGUGAUCGUUAGUUAGAAAAGAAUGGGGUGAGAAAUUGGGGAAACUUUUUGUUUCGUCUUGUUUGCUCGGAUGAGAGACGUCUGUGUGAAUGAUCGCGUGUGAUGUAUAGGAAGCUCGUUCGACAGUGUACAGCUGCGGCUACGAGCAGAAUACUUGUAAGUACAUGGGAAUCGUGGGACUUUAGACAUUUAUGUAUCAUAUCCUCGUAUUAAGUAUCCGUGGACGAAGCUCGAUGAAUUAAUCAUCGUCCAUUAUGGUUAACGUGGGGAGUGUGGAGCGUAAAUAAUAAAAUCGA